UGCAAAAAUCCUAAUCGCAAGUCGCAGCUGCUGUCUUGUCUCCUUCCUCCUCGUGUUAAACCCUAACUACUCUCCUCCAACAGAAUACAGAACCACCGUCUUGUAGUUAUACCACCACCUCUAAUCGGCGGCGCCACUUCCAUUCUGGGGGACUUCCAACCACCUCUUCUUCUCUUCCGCUGCUAUCCUCGGUGUUGACGACAGUGUGUGUGUAUUAAUUUUAGAAAUGGGGAAGGCUAAAGGUGGUGCAAUUUUUAUCAGGCUCGUAUCAUCGGCUGGUACAGGAUUCUUCUAUGUGACAAAGAAGAACCCUAAGAAGCUAACAGAGAAGCUUGAGUUCCGUAAGUUUGACCCUCGCGUUAAUCGUCAUGUUUUGUUCACUGAGGCAAAGAUGAAGUAGGCAAGAUAUAUAAACUGCAAUUUGCUUUUUCAAUUCAGUGCUCUGUUUGCAGUAGCUGACGGUAAUAACCAAGAUUGAUGCUUAGUCAAUGAUUUAUAGGAGUGGCAGCUUUUAUUGUGGUUUUCAUUUAUAGUUGAACUUGAUAUAACUUACUUUGAAGUGCACUAUUGUUUAGAAUCUGGGUAUCUUUCAUUGUUCUUAUUCUGAUUCAGUUUUAAAUGAGGCCUUAUCAUCUAGAA